CUGUGCGUUCAGAGAAGAAACGCCUUAGGAAGCCAAGCAAGUGGCUUUUGGAAUAUACGGAAGAAUAUGAUCAGAUAUUUGCUCCUAAGAAAAAACAAAAGAAGGUACAGGAGCAGGUGCACAAGGAAAUUAUGAAAGUAAACGUCAAAGAAAACCAACUAAGAAACUUCUUGAAUCCAAUGAUUUAGACCCUGGAUUUAUGCCCAAGAAAGGGGACCUUGGCCUUUCUAAAAAGUGCUAUGAAGCUGGUCACCUGGGGAGUGGCAUAACUGAAUCUUGUACCACAUCUUAUUCAAAAGAUUUUGGUGGAGGCACUACCAAGAUAUUUGACAAACCAAGGAAGCGAAAACGACAGAGGCAUGCUGUAGCCAAGAUGCAGUGUAAAAAAGUGAAAAAUGAUGACUCAUCAAAAGAGAUUUCAAGCUCAGAGGGAGAACUAAUGCUUCACAGGACGGCUGCAAGCCCCAAGGAGACUGUUGAGGAAGGUGUAGAACACGAUCCUGGGAUGCCUGCCUCUAAAAAAAUGCAGGGUGAACGCGGUGGAGGAGCUGCACUCAAGGAGAAUGUUUGUCAGAAUUGUGAAAAACUGGGUGAGCUGCUGUUAUGUGAGGCUCAGUGCUGUGGGGCUUUCCACCUGGAGUGCCUUGGAUUGACUGAGAUGCCAAGAGGAAAAUUUAUCUGCAAUGAAUGUCAUACAGGAAUUCAUACCUGUUUUGUAUGUAAGCAGAGUGGGGAAGAUGUUAAAAGGUGCCUUCUACCCUUGUGUGGAAAGUUUUACCAUGAAGAGUGUGUCCAGAAGUACCCACCCACUGUUAUGCAGAACAAGGGCUUCCGGUGCUCCCUCCACAUCUGUAUAACCUGUCAUGCUGCUAAUCCAGCCAAUGUUUCUGCAUCUAAAGGUCGAUUGAUGCGCUGUGUCCGCUGUCCUGUGGCAUACCACGCCAAUGACUUUUGCCUGGCUGCUGGGUCAAAGAUCCUUGCAUCUAAUAGUAUCAUCUGCCCUAAUCACUUUACUCCUAGGCGGGGCUGCCGAAAUCAUGAGCAUGUUAAUGUUAGCUGGUGCUUUGUGUGCUCAGAAGGAGGCAGCCUUCUGUGCUGCGACUCUUGCCCUGCUGCAUUUCAUCGUGAAUGUCUGAACAUUGAUAUUCCUGAAGGAAACUGGUAUUGCAAUGACUGUAAGGCAGGCAAAAAGCCACACUACAGGGAGAUUGUCUGGGUAAAAGUUGGACGAUACAGGUGGUGGCCAGCUGAGAUCUGUCAUCCUCGAGCUGUUCCUUCCAACAUUGAUAAGAUGAGACAUGAUGUGGGAGAGUUCCCUGUCCUCUUUUUUGGAUCUAAUGAUUAUUUGUGGACUCACCAGGCCCGAGUCUUCCCUUACAUGGAGGGUGAUGUGAGCAGCAAGGAUAAAAUGGGGAAAGGAGUGGAUGGGACAUAUAAAAAAGCUCUUCAGGAAGCUGCAGCAAGGUUUGAGGAAUUAAAGGCCCAAAAAGAGCUAAGACAGCUUCAGGAGGACCGAAAGAAUGACAAGAAGCCACCACCUUAUAAACAUAUAAAGGUGAACCGUCCCAUUGGCAGGGUACAGAUCUUCACUGCAGACUUGUCUGAAAUACCCCGUUGCAAUUGUAAAGCUACUGAUGAGAACCCCUGUGGUAUAGACUCUGAAUGCAUCAACCGCAUGCUGCUCUAUGAGUGCCACCCCACAGUAUGUCCUGCCGGAGGGCGUUGUCAAAACCAGUGCUUUUCCAAGCGCCAAUAUCCAGAGGUUGAAAUUUUCCGCACAUUACAGAGGGGUUGGGGUCUACGGACUAAAACAGAUAUUAAAAAGGGUGAAUUUGUGAAUGAGUAUGUGGGUGAGCUUAUAGAUGAAGAAGAAUGCAGAGCUCGAAUUCGUUAUGCUCAGGAACACGAUAUCACUAAUUUCUAUAUGCUUACCCUAGACAAAGACCGAAUCAUUGAUGCUGGUCCCAAAGGAAACUAUGCUCGGUUCAUGAAUCAUUGCUGCCAGCCCAACUGUGAAACACAGAAGUGGUCUGUGAAUGGAGAUACCCGCGUAGGCCUUUUUGCGCUAAGUGACAUUAAAGCAGGUACUGAACUUACCUUCAACUACAACCUAGAAUGUCUUGGGAAUGGAAAGACUGUUUGCAAAUGUGGAGCCCCGAACUGCAGUGGCUUCUUGGGUGUAAGGCCAAAGAAUCAACCCAUUGCCACAGAAGAAAAGUCAAAGAAAUUCAAGAAGAAGCAACAGGGGAAGCGCAGGUCCCAGGGUGAAAUCACAAAGGAGCGAGAAGAUGAGUGUUUUAGUUGCGGGGAUGCUGGCCAGCUCGUUUCCUGCAAGAAGCCAGGCUGCCCAAAGGUUUACCAUGCAGACUGUCUCAAUCUGACCAAGCGGCCAGCAGGGAAAUGGGAAUGUCCAUGGCAUCAGUGUGACAUCUGUGGGAAGGAAGCAGCCUCCUUCUGUGAGAUGUGCCCAAGCUCCUUUUGCAAGCAGCAUCGAGAAGGAAUGCUUUUCAUUUCCAAACUGGAUGGGCGUCUGUCUUGUACUGAGCAUGAUCCCUGUGGGCCCAAUCCUCUGGAACCUGGGGAGAUCCGUGAGUAUGUGCCUCCCCCAGUAGCGCUGCCUCCAGGGCCAAGCACUCACCUGGCAGAGCAAUCAUCAGGAAUGGCUGCUCAGGCACCCAAAAUGUCAGAUAAACCUGCUGACACCAACCAGACGCUGCCGCUCUCCAAAAAAGCUCUGGCAGGGACUUGUCAGAGGCCACUGCUACCUGAAAGACCUCUUGAGAGAACUGACUCCAGGCCCCAGCCUUUAGAUAAGGUCAGAGACCUUGCUGGGUCAGGGACCAAAUCCCAGUCCUUGGUUUCCAGCCAGAGGCCACUGGACAGGCCACCAGCAGUGGCAGGACCAAGACCCCAGCUAUCUGACAAACUCACUCCAGUGACCAGCCCAAGCUCCUCACCCUCAGUCAGGUCCCAACCACUGGAAAGACCUCUGGGGAAGGCUGACCCAAGGCUUGAUAAAUCCAUAGGUGCUGCCAGCUCAAGGCCCCAGGCACUGGAGAAAACCCCAGUUCCCACUGGCCUGAGACUUCCGCCGUCAGACAGACUGCUCAUUACCAGCAGUCCCAAACCCCAGACUUCAGACAAGCCCCCUGAUAAACCCCCUGCCUCUUUGUCCCAGAGACUUCCGCCUCCUGAGAAAGUACUGUCAGCUGUGGUCCAGACCCUCGUAGCUAAAGAAAAAGCACUGAGGCCUGUGGACCAGAAUACUCAGUCAAAAAAUAGAGCUGCUUUGGUGAUGGAUCUCAUAGACCUAACUCCUCGCCAAAAGGAGCGGGCAGCUUCACCUCAUGAGGUCACACCACAGGCUGAUGAGAAGAUGCCAGUGUUGGAGUCAAGUUCAUGGCCUGCCAGCAAAGGUCUGGGGCAUAUACCUAGAGCUGUUGAGAAAGGCAGCAUGUCAAAUCUUCUUCAGACACCUGGGAAAGCAGCGGCCCCUUCAGAGGACCCCUGGCAAGCUGUUAAAUCACUCACCCAGGCCAGACUUCUUUCUCAGCCGCCUGCCAAGGCCUUUUUAUAUGAGCCAACAACUCAGGCCUCAGGAAGAGCUCCUGCAGUGACUGAGCAGACCCCAGGGCCUCUUAGCCAAGCUCCAGGCCUGAUGAAGCAGAUGAAGCAGAUGGUCGGAGGCCAGCAACUACCUGCACUUGCUGCCAAGAGUGGGCAAUCCUUUAGGUCUCUUGGGAAAGCCCCAGCCUCCCUCCCCACUGAAGAAAAGAAGUUGGUAACCACAGAGCAAAGUCCCUGGGCCCUGGGAAAAGCUUCAACGCGGGCAGGGCUCUGGCCCCUAGUGGCUGGACAGACACUGGCACAGUCUUGCUGGUCUGCUGGGAGCACACAGACAUUGGCACAGACUUGCUGGUCUCUUGGAAGAGGGCAAGACCCCAAACCAGAGCAAAAUACACUUCCAGCUCUUAACCAGGCUCCUUCCAGUCACAAGUGUGCAGAAUCGGAACAGAAGUAAUACCAAUCAAUCUAACAUGAACAAACAAGCUGCCCCCAGGGUACCAUUUGGGGAGGGGAAAUGUUUUCUUUCUUUCCCCCUUGAAGAAAAAGAAAUCUGCCCCCAACACUUUCCCACUGUUAUUCUUUCCUUAUAUCCCAACACUCAGAACUCUUGUGACAUUAUCCAGUGGGGGCUUAUGGUUGUGUGAACCAUGUAUGAAAAUCCAGUGGGCCCCAACCAAGGAGACAGACAGACUUGGGUCUCUUUCCCUCAACUUUUCCAAUGGUCAUCCUGAAAUAAAAAGUCCACUCUGGAGUCAAGUAUGGAAUUCAAUUCCGCUGGUCAGGUUGGAAGGUAUAGGGGCUCUCAAACCAGAUUUCCCCAACCAGAUAGAGCCCCAUUGAGGGCACCUAGGAACCCUUGGAAGGAAAUUGGUGUUCUUUCAAAUCAGUGGCGAUUUCCUGAGCAUUCACAUGUUCUAGACCGGGUGCUAGUCACUGAUGGUAGAUACAGAGAUAAGUAAGGCCUCAUGCUUGUGAGCCUGAAUUCCAAGGCUUUCAAGAACUUUUGACCAGGAAAUAACAGGAAGUUCUGAGGGGCCCUGGGGCUUUAAACUCAUUUUGAAAUGUCCUUUGUGGCACCAGAAGUGGUUGUGUUGAGUAAGUGUCUCUGGGCUGGGGUGUGCAUAGGUGCGUGUGCAUGCACGCACACUCACAAUUGGACUCCUCUAUAGAUGGAAGGGUGCUGCAUUGAAGCCAAGUGAGGCUUUUGGCUUGGGUAGCCGCUGUUGCUUCUGUCUGGGCUGUGCAGAGUCUAAAGAUCAGUCCUUGGAGGAGUAGGCGGUCAGGGAGAGCUGGGCGCUAUGCGAAUGUAGCUUUCCAGCAGUGAAAGAAGGCGUUUGGCAAGCUUCUCUUUCUUUACUUUUGUUUCUACCUAUUUUUCUCCUUGUACAUGAAUCCACCCCAUCCCCGUUUCCCUAAAACACUCAGGUGCUUUCAGAUUUCAGAGCCUCGGGCAGUGGACAUAGGGAAUCUCUGACAAGCUCUGAGCUAGAUACACCAGCUUCAGGAAGAGUACCAGAUCCUGAUGGGAAAUCACUUUUUCCCAGUCCUUUUCCCUCCUGAGUGGAGGGAGUUGUCUUUGCCUCCCUGAGAAUUGCUGUGCUCUGUACUGAGAGUGCUUGCCUGCUGACUUAGCCAGAACUCUCAAAGGCAAGCCAGAACUCUUCCCUGAAGACUGAUGAGAGGUGGUGUUUAGAGCAAUGUCCAGGCUAAGAUGACUCCUAAUAACUGCUGAUUAUCUGUUACUGCUGCCCUGAGCUGGGGCCCAAGGGCUGGGAAAUCUGUUGGUGCUACCCUGCCCUACCAUUCACCCAGCUCACAGACUGCCAACAGGAAGUACUGUUUGGCUAGUUUCCUCCCACUUACCUUCCCCUCCUUUGUUCUUAGACCAACAUGUUUACCUCUCUGCUUUGCCAACUUAGCCAGCAGGCCAGCCCCCUGGUCCUAACAUCUCCUGGCCAUUCUCUCUUAUUUGUGGCUUUUCACGUGCUCAACAGGAUUCUGUAUUUGGUCCCAAUUUCCUCAAGUUCUUAUUGAGGUUACUCCCAUCACUUCCAUGGAGGGAACAAUAGUUAUUAUAGAAGCAUUUGCGCUUUAUCUAAAAAUAGAAUCUGUUUUUAUUUCCCAAAGCCUGUCUCUAAGGUUGAGACACUUGAACUCAGGCAGAGGGACGAGGCUGGGCAGGGCUGUCCCAAAUUUAGGGGCCUAUCCCUGCAUUUCACUGAGACCUCGGAAUCUCCUCUGUGAAUUCCACCUGCCUAGUUCUCCCCUUUCAUCCUCUCUCUCUUCCCACAUCAUCAAAGAGGAAAAGCUCUUUGUUCAAAAGGAAGAGAAAACAUAAAGCAUCUUAUUUUCUUUUAAAAGAAUUUUAAACCAUGAAAAAGAUAUUUUUAAAGAAAUUCACCCAGAACAUUAAAGUUCAUUAUAUUAAGUAUUUAUCAUGUGUGAGAAUAAUAAGUAUAUAACUGCAGCUAGUAGGUCCCUUUCCCUAAUCUUUUAGGUCAUAUGAGUAGGGUUUGCUUGGUGCCAGUCCUGUGCCCUUUUCUCUCCAGUCAUCUGUAGUUGUGAUCAGAAAAAGAUAUCUGCACUGCACUGUCAGAGUCUCCUUUCACUAUGUUGUGUGUUAAAUUACCGUAGCUCUUUGUUUCAUGAAAUAAACUGUGAAUUUAGGGGGGUGGGGGGAGGGCAGGCUAUGUAAAAAUUUUCAGUGGAGAAGUUUGAUCCUAAAGUAGCUUCUCUAAAGUAGGCUUUCGUAGGUAAUCAACUUGACAGCAGUCUAGAUGUCUCACGGGACAGGAGGGAGUAAGGGAAAGGGGCCAUGAUUGGCUGCUUUGUGGUUUUGUUUUGGUUCUUUCCAUUCUCCACCAUUCAUUGGAGGCUUCAUUCCAGACCUGCCUGGGAAAACAGCUUCUGAGCCAUUUUGGGGAGCAGUUCGUCAUUGGAAAGGAUGGACUCCUGGGCUUCCUUCAAGGGCCAUUGAAUGGAAACUAGAAAACCACUGGAAACUAGAAAUUUGAGUUACUGGGCCUGCCAAGAGCAGCAUCUGAUACUACAUUGUUAAAAUCAUGAAAGCAGUCACUAUCCAAUUAGAAGAAAAGUCAGAACAACUGUUGGAAAUGUGACUCUUGGAUGAAGGUGGGGAGGGAGUGGCCUUGCCAGCCCUGUGGGACAUCUCCUCAAGCUUGUAAUAAGACCCCUUUUCCAAGUGGAUGUGAAUUGGAGUGAAAAGGAAAUCUUUCAUCUUAGAAAACUUCUGGUCCUUAUGCAGGAUGGUAUUUGACUAUGCUUGGAAAUUGAGAUCACAAGAGAGUUUGCCUUGGAGGCCAGCUCCCCAGGAAGGCUUUUCCAGGGACAACGCAAAGGUUGAAAUGCUCUAUAGGUAGCUAGAAAGCCAACGUAUCUCCUAGCCCUGCUAAAUCAGAAAAAAAUUAUGGAAAAUGUUGAAAUUUACAUUCAAAGCCUAAUUUGCUUCUCUUAAUGGAGCCAACCCAGUCUAAUAGCAAAAUAGCUCUCAUUGCUACAGAAACAUCCUCAGUUUUAAAUGUCUGCUUUACCCUGUUACUGAGUUUGAGAUGACUUAAAUCACUGUGUUGACUCUCUUCUGAACCAAAUCUUUAACACUGAUGAAAAUAGUUAUUUUAUUCUUUACAUCCUUCACCCCACACUACGGUCAGGGCAUGAAACGUACUAUUGAUCCCUUCCCAGGCUAGACACUGUCUGCACACUGGAGCUGGACUCCCAGGUUAUAAUUCUAAUGUUGCCUCGUGAGAACAGAAUGGCAGAAAGUUUGGUCCUGGCAGCUUCCCCCAUAGGGAGUAAUGAGGACAGCAUGAAACUGGGAUAGGUUUUACCCUUAGCCCCUAUAAGGUGGAUUUUCUCCUAAGGCUUUUUAAAUGAUAAUGUCAUCCUCAUGGGGUUUGUCAGCCAGGUUAGAGGAGCCCAAUGUCCUAACCUGUCUUGAGAUCAUGGCAGAGAAGGAGCUCCCUCCAGCCCCUUUCCUGCUGAGUCUCAUUUGAGCGGUUCUACGUGUAGAUAUUCCACGUCACUGCUUGGUAGCUGCUGUGGGAGCCUGUCAUUGGCUGUGGCCAGUUAGUUCUCAGCUGAGCUUCCUAGGGCCCAGUGCAACAGGGCCAGAGGCUGCUGUAGUGUAAACUGAAAUAAUAGAUCAUUGUUUUGUACACACAAACAAAUGUAAUGAUGGUGCUAAUUUCAUGGUAUAAAUAAGCACUGCCAAGAGUUGAGGGACUGGCAGCAUAAGAAACCCAGAUUCCUAUUUGGGAAGAGAAGAUUUUAUGUAGAAAGGUUUCUUUGAGGCUUUGUUAAAAGUGGGGAGAAGGAAGAUCCUCAGUGAAGCCUAUACCCAACCCUGGAUUGGCCCAGUGCAAUCCAGAGGUGAAAGAGGUCCUGUAUCCAGGUGAAGGUGGCCAUUGAGUUUUUCAGGGCUGAGGCCACCUUGUCCAUAGACUCCGUCCACUGCCUGGAGCAGGUUGUUAGAGAGCUCUGGGUGUUGGGUCUCCCUCAGCUCCCUUCUACCCCUCUCUACCUCUUCCACUCAUGGAAGCACCUCUACUGCUUAUGAAGAUUAAGGGUAAUAUUUUAUAAGGAAGUGGAAGGAAUUUAACUAGAAAUCCACAGCCUCGGAAGAAGUGUUUUGAGUUUUAACAUGUGCUGUUUCUGCCUAUCUGGUCCCUUCUCUAGAGCUGCUUUCCCAUGACUUUCAAAACAUCAGGUUAUUGUGGGGCUUCAGGUGUAAGGUCCUGGAAGUUAAGCAAAGUUUUCUAGACAAGAGAUGGGCACAGGGAGUAGAAGCAGAAAUAAAUGGUUCUAGUGUUUUCAACUUCCAGGGUUGGGGCAGGCCAGAGCAAGGCGGUCUCAUUGAGGUGGGUGCUACCUGUGUGUGUAGAUGAGUGUGCUGAAGGUGGGGAGGGCAGCACACAGCAGCUCAUGGCAGAGCUGCUUCCUAGGUCUUGGUAGAGAGGCAAGCUGAUGAUAAACAUCUAUAUUAUUAAGAAAGGGGUCGGGGGGAUCAGCCAAGGUCCAUCAUUGUUUUUUGCCCCCCUCCCCUGCCCCCACAGAUUGUCAGCUGUAAGUGAAACUCCUAGUGAAAAAGAGGGGAGCCCUGUGGUAGGAGUCCCCAUAAACAUGUACUGUAAUUCUUUGUAUAUAGAAAAAAAUUUACUGUAAAGUAAAGUUUAACUUUACUCAUA